CAUGGUCUCUCUCUUUACUGGGACCCACGGUAGUGGAGAGUCAUGGGGAGGGAGUCUGAGCACUGGGGAGCAGGGACCUGCAUUCCUCCAGCCCACAGUUGUCAGAAGAAAGCAGAAAUGUGCACUGCUCAAGAAAAAAAACCUGUCCUCAGCUCAGGUAUUGCAGAAGCAGCCUCAUUUCCCUAGGAGGCGGACUUCCUCCUGCGGGGGAAUCCCUGGCAGGGAGGAGCAGGGGCCCUUCCUCUUGGCGGCCUUAGGACAUACAGCAGCCCCCAAAGGGCCCUCGGGCGACAUGGGGGGCCCAGUCCGAGAGCCGGCACUCUCGGUUGCACUCUGGUUGAGUUGGGGGGCAGCUCUGGGGGCUGUGGCUUGUGCCAUUGCUCUGCUGACCCAACAAACAGAGCUGCAAAGCCUAAGGAGGGAGGUGAGCCGGCUACAGAGAAACGGAGGUCCCUCACAGAAGGAAGAAGGGUAUCCCUGGCACAGCCUCCGAGAGCAGAGCCCUGAAGCCCUGGAAGCCUGGGCGAGUGGGGAGAGAUCUCGGAGAAGGAGAGCAGUGCUUACCCAGAAGCGGAAGAAGAGGCGUUCAGUUCUGCAUCUUGUUCCCAUUAACAUCACCUCCAAAGAGGACUCUGAUGUGACAGAGGUGAUGUGGCAACCAGCCCUUAGGCGUGGGAGAGGCCUGGAGGCCCAAGGAUACGUUGUGCGAGUCUGGGACGCUGGAGUUUAUCUGCUGUACAGCCAGGUCCUGUUUCAUGAUGUGACUUUCACCAUGGGUCAGGUGGUGUCUCGGGAGGGCCAGGGAAGACAGGAAAUUCUAUUCCGAUGUAUAUGCAGUAUGCCUUCGGACCCUGACCGGGCCUACAAUAGCUGCUAUAGUGCAGGUGUCUUCCAUUUACACCAAGGGGAUAUUCUCAGUGUCCUAAUUCCCCGGGCAAAGGCGAAACUUAGUCUCUCUCCACAUGGAACCUUCCUAGGGUUUGUGAAACUAUGAUUGUUACAAAAGGUGCUUCUGAAAUGGGAAGACCAGUGGGGGUACACAUUGGAGACAGCCAGGAGCUGGCUAGACAAAAGAUGGGGAAUGGGCAGAAACAGAAGCCUCUACUUGGGUCUGACUUCAUCACUCAGUCCACUCAUUCUUCACUCCCAAUCCUAGAUUUUGACUUAACGGAUAUUAAAGAGGCAGAAUAUCUUGCUUUCA